CACGGACUGAAAAAGAGUAGACGGCGAUUAGCGGAGAUUUAUUUACUCAUAGCCAUAAAUUCAGCCCUAGCUGUGUUGACGCAGAUUUUUUGUCCAGAUGGCUUUGUAGAACUUCCCCGUUUCUGGGACAGUCAGGUUCAACAAUCGGUGCUUUCUAGCAACGCUCAGGGCCUGCCUUAGCGAUUUGAGAAGACAAAGCAGAUGCUAUUCUAAGAGCAUGAAGAGGAGCGCCGUCUUAUUAUUGCUCGACGGAAUCAGAGUGCCGUCUUUGGUCUUUCCCGCUGGAUCCUACAGGAAAUGAGGGGCUCGGCUUUGGUGACUCGGCUGCAGCUGCGCGGAUCGGGUUUUGUCGUUUUUCAUCUCUCUGUCUCUCACAACGGCUCUUAUAGACCUGGACACCGCUAGCGUUCAUCAUCAUCCGUCCACAUCUGGCUUCUUCUUGAAGGACUAUACCGUUUUACUUCGGCGGUAACAAGGUGCUUCUUCUGAUUUGAUCUCUGGGGACAUGAGCUGACACCAGGCUGGCCUGGCUUUUGUGCUGUGCUUUGUGCAAAAUAGCCCCCUUGUACAGACACACUCAUACACGUCCACACUCAUAGCCACGUCUGCACACACUGACGCCUGGUUUUAGCAGCGUGGCGGGCAGUGAGGCUGAGCGUGAUGGCUCAGAGGAGCAGGGCCGUACGCCUUUGUCCCAUAGAACACUGGUGACUGUGGGGGUGCUGAUGGUGGCCGUCGGCGUCGUCCUCAUGGGGUUUGCUGCAGUGUACAUUGGUGCGUUCGGGUCAGCCCUUGCAGCCCUUGGCUUCGGUGUUCUCAUCUACUCCUUUUGCAGAGUGAUGAAGUCCAGCAACCACAACAUGACCAUCCCAGGUCACUUCCUGCUGCACUCACGCACUGGCACCCAGUACACAUAUGAGCAAGCCAUCGCUUUGCAGAGGAGGCUGGACAGGAUCCGCAGGUCUUCAACAGAAGAGCGGCGCUCGGGCCAGAACCCCCGUCCAAUACUCAACAGUCUCCACAGCCUACCUGGAACGCCACCUCCCUGGGAUAUGGAGCCUCCGCCAUCCUAUGAGACUGUCAUGAAGACCACCACACUCCCACAAACAGCGAUGAUCAUGCCUCAGCCCUCCUGACCACAUGAGAACAAUGAUCACCAUUUAGGUGCUAAUGAGAGCUAAGUGCCGAGUCCCAGACUGUACGUUUUCAGUAUUUGUAGUGAAACAUUCAGGCAGGUCGAAAACCAUAAGUGUCCAAUAUAACAUCUGAUUAGCUCUAGUGAGUAGCACGUGCAUCGCCUCAUCAACGGCUUAAUGCUAGUCACAUGACCUAAUAAUACCAAAUAAUGGUACAUGCAUCUUUAACCUUAUGUAAGAAAAUGGUCUAAGAUUUUACUCUUUAAAAGUGUCCCUUACAUUUUUUUUCUAAUAGAUGGCUGAGCUGUUGCUAAAAAAUGGGACAUGAGUCAAAUUUCAUGACUGAUAAAAGAACUGACUGAUUUUUUUAUUUUGUACUUUAAGUACACAAUUUUUCAGGAUGUCCUUUUGGUUUGGUUUCACUUUCGCCAGUGGGCAAAAAAAAGAAAUCUCUGCGAUUUUUACGGAAACAUAGAUUUCCAGAUAUUUUACAUCAGGGGAAAAAAAAAAAAUCUCCUCAUCUCUUUAUAAUGAUUGAGGCAAAUCUUUUAACUGUGUCUUUUUUUGUACUUUAAUGCAGUGGUGGAUAAAGUGGAAAAGAAGUACUCCUCAGGAAUAAAAACUAAAACUUUGGCCCUAUGGGAGAAGGCGAUUAUAGAAUGCUAGAGAAAAGCGUUUCCUUCUGAGGUAAACUGUUAAAUAUCCAAAGAACACUUUACGAAAGGAUUUUCUUUUCUAAACAGGAAUGGCUGUAGAUGUGUCUAUAAAAGCACAUGCAAAGUCAUAGCUGAUUUUCAAUAACAGUUUUAACAUAAAUGACUUUGGCUGAACUGUUUCCUUUUAUACUUGUUUCCUGAGUUGAAUAAGUUCUUAUAUUCAGACAGCAUUUGUAAUUGUUCCUGACAAUCACUGAGCUGGAGUUCAUGUAUCAGAUCCAGACUAAUGCCUGUUGGGGCAUUUCUGCAUUACAAAAUAGCACAAUAACACACACAUGAAAAAAUGGCCUGAAAUGAAAGACAGAUGGGAACCAAUGAUAGUGAAAAAAAUAAUAUAAUACCCCUGACAGUUCCAAGAACAUGGAACAAAUACUUCACCCACAAGUCUUCAUUUCAUCAUGACAGUCCUACAGUAUUAAUGCCACUACACUAACUCCAGGGUACAACCAGGCCUUGAAAGGCAACAGAUAUUUUGCCUAAGCUGAUAGACAGACUAGAUUGUAAUAGAAGUUUGGAAGCUUGUGUGUUUAGAAUUGCAUGGUGAUUUACUGGUCUUACUUUGCUAGCCUGAAAGCAUUUUCUGUCCUAACUGUGUAUUUAUCCUGACAGUGCCAAUUUUUCAAACAAUGUAAAUUCUUGGUAGUGCCUUGGACCACUGAUCAGUUUAAUGGCUCAUAAACUUUAACGUCUUGGACCAGCUUGUGUUAUUUAAGAGGAGGUCAUUCUCGAUUUUCAUUUCGCCACAAGUUUGUGUAGUGACAUGUUAUAAAAGAAGUGCACUGCCCUGAAUGAAUGUAAAACACUUCUCUUUUCCACUGCUUCUCUUUGAGUUUUUUUUUUUUUAUUCACAAUACUCACUAAACAUGCUUAUUUGCAACAGGCAUUUUAAAUCAAAUAUACUGUAUGUUUGUGUCGUGUUUUUGCUUAACUUUUGUAUGAACGUAACUUUUUCAUGUUUCACUCUUUAUGAUAUUUUGAUGUUUAGUGUCAAAUAAAACGGUUCAAUCAA